CGCUGUCCGGGGCCGCGCCAGAUUGUCUAACCUCCCGCCUUGUUCCGCCCGCAGCGACUCCUUCCGCCUCCGCCAAACGAAGCCGCGUCCCGAGUAGCCCGCAGUGAUUAUGCAUAAGGAGCACCUGGCCCAGGAUGAGAAUAGCAAUCCCCGGGAGGGCCCCGGCAGCCGGAAGAAGGACAAGCUGAGCCCCAGCGAGCAGGACAUGAACCACAUCAACAAGAGCAAGGCAAAGACAGGCUCAUGGGAGUCUAACGGCUUUGGGCCGGACCCAGAGAUCGAGACGUUAGCGGGCCGUACGGAGGACAGCGUCCCUCUCAGCCCUUCCAACUCCCUCAACCUGCGCCACCUGAGAGGCUGCGAGAGAGACCCGUCUGGGCGCCAACACCAGCGCUCCCCUUCCUCCCAUCACCACUCCUACAGCUACUCGUCCCACCAUCACCACUACCGCCCCUUCUACUCCGGCUACCGCAAAGGCUACUGGGACUAUGAGAGCCAAUACAGAGAUGGCAAGCGCAAAGAGUGGGUGCCCAGGCCCGGCGGUGGCAGUCGCACCCAACGCCCCAGAAAUCGCGAAGCCUUUAACUCCACAGAGUGCGUGGAUGGGCGGCCAGAGCAGGCUGGGGUAGAGAAAGCAAAGACUGUGCCGGCCCCAGCGACACCCCGCCAGCCCUCGCCCCCGGCUAAGGAGGAGCACACAGCAGACAGCUGGGUCCUUUUUAAACCCCUGCCGGUGUUUCCGGUUGACAGCAGCAGUGCCCGGACACUGCCAAAAAUCAGCUACGCCAGCAAGGUAAAGGAAAACCUAGAUGGCAAAGGACUUGUGCCCAGCAGUGCCCUCCGAACCUCCAACAGCCUCCCUAACUGCCUGCUGGCCGCCAGUGUCGCAGGGGGCAAUACCGACCCCACUAGCCCACAGACCCCAGGCUCCCUUUGCUCCUCCUCUUGCUCCUCCCUCUCCUCCGCUCCUCCUUCCCCUGUGAGCCAGGACAACCUGGGCGCCAUAUUUCAGAAUGAGUGGGGACUGUCUUUCAUCAACGACCCAGGGGCUGGGCAGGCACCAGUUGCAAGUCAGGGGUCGAAGGACGGGCCCGAAGGAGAGGAGGAAAGUCACGCUGCUACUCCAGUGUCUGUUUUGGAUCGUCUCAACCUGCAUGGCUUCUACGUGGACAGAGUUGAGGAUGAUGAUGCCUGCCUGGAGAAUCCUAGAGACUGGGAGGCCAUGGUCAACUACAGUAUGCAAGAGUGGAAUCUAGCUUGGACCAUACACAAGAAAGAUCCUUCCCGUGUAGUAGUUUAUGCAGAAUCCAUGGAUGGAAAGGGCUAGUCCCUGCCCCUUUCCGGGGGGCGCAGAGAGCCGCGAGAGCCACGCCCCUCCCCCAGACAGCCACGCACAGAGCCCACAGAGCGAGAUUCAGGAUGCCACGGAAACGGUGCCCCACGGAAGCCCCUCCCUUCCUUACGCUGCCCGGCUCUCCUGUAGGAGGAAGGGCUAAGGAGGCAUCUUCUCGACAAAUAGAUUUUAACGCUCUCCCUGUUUAUGUUCUUUUUGUUUUUGCACCUUUGUAUGACCCCUCCAAUGUGAGAGGUAACCCCUCCGAGGCGCGAGAGGUUUCAUCCACACACUGGGCUUUAAUUGCAUCAGACUCCAUAGGAGUUGGCUUGUUGCUUUCCCUGCAGCUGACGCCUAGCCAGACCCCUUUCUGUUCUUGCUUUUAUUCUGUCGGCCGAGCCCCCUCCCUCUGUCCCACCCAUCCAUGCAGUGUAUAUUGACUGGGUGCACAGCGGUGUAGAUUGCUAAGGAAUCUGCCCCAACAGCUGCCCCAGGCUGGAUCUGUACAAGCUCCAGUCUCCACAUUUGUUGGCACGGUUUCUGUACAGGGGGCACUGGGCAUAACCGGCGCUGCUCCGCUUUGUGAUUGGUCAGGGCCUGAUCCCACUAGGAAUCCUGCAUCCCAGUGCAAUGCCCCCCCUUCCCUUCUUUUAACCCUAUCCACGCUAAAUUUCUGGCUGUGAUACCAAACUGGCAAUUGGUUUCCUGCCGGCCUGGGAUUUAUAUUGUGAUUAAAGCAAAAAAUCUGUUUUA